CAUGAAGAUGGAGUAGUAAAAAGGCAUCCCCCAUGAUUCUGAGCACCUUUCCCUGUGGACUCCAGCCCUAGCCAGAGGCUGCUCGUGGAGCUGAAGGAACUGACCUACUGCUUCUUGAGAACCCCUUCCUCUCCUAAUUCAUGAGCCAGCAGGAUGCGGUCGCCGCGCUUUCAGAACGCCUGCUCAUAGCUGCGUACAAAGGCCAAGCAGAGAAUGUGGUUCAGCUCAUCAACAAGGGUGCCAAGGUAGCAGUUACCAAGCAUGGCCGGACCCCCUUGCACCUUGCUGCCAAUAAGGGUCAUCUAUCUGUGGUCCAGAUUCUGCUGAAGGCUGGCUGUGACCUCGAUGUGCAGGAUGAUGGGGACCAGACAGCUUUGCACCGGGCCACUGUGGUGGGAAACAUUGAGGUCAUCACAGCGCUUAUCCGAGAGGGAUGUGCCCUGGACAGACAGGACAAGGAUGGGAAUACAGCCCUCCAUGAAGCCGCCUGGCAUGGGUUCAGCCAGUCAGCCAAGCUGCUUGUUAAAGCGGGAGCCAACGUGCUUGCCAGGAACAAGGCAGGGAACACGGCUCUGCACCUGGCCUGCCAGAACAGUCGCUCCCAGAGCACGCGUGUCCUCCUGCUGGGUGGCUCCCGGGCUGACCUCAAAAAUAACGCAGGAGACACCUGUUUGCACGUGGCUGCGAGGUAUAAUCACCUGUCCAUCAUUAAACUCCUCCUCAGCGCAUUCUGCUCUGUUCAUGAAAAGAACCAGGCUGGAGACACAGCCCUCCAUGUGGCUGCUGCCCUAAACCACAAGAAGGUAGUUAAAAUCCUGCUGGAAGCUGGUGCUGACACCACCAUUGUGAACAACGCAGGCCAGACCCCGCUGGAGACUGCCCGCUGCCACAAUAAUCCUGAAGUCGCUCUGCUACUCACCAAGGCUCCCCAGAUCUUGCGCUUUAGUCGUGGGCGAAGCCUGAGGAAAAGGAGGGAGAGGCUCAAGGAAGAGAGGAGGGCUCAGUCUGUGCCCAGAGAUGAGGUGGCCCAGAGCAAGGGAAGUGUCUCAGCAGGAGAUACCCCCAGCAGUGAGCAAGCUGUCCCCCCAAAAGAGGAAACCAGAAGAGAUUGCCCGUCAGCUUCCCAGGAGCCCAGGAAGGGCGACAGGAGGAGAAAGUCAAGGCCAGAGGUGUCAGCACUAUCUGACCCCACCCCAGCAGCAGACCAACAGCCUGGACACCAAAGGAACCCACACAGUCAUCACCACCCCAAAAAGAAGAGCAGACAUCGAUGUUGGUCCCCACCUCCACCCCAUGGAUUCAGGGCCUACCAGCUAUACACACUGUACAGGGACGAGGAUGGAAAAGUGAUGCAGGCACCAAUAAAAGGUUGUCGCUGUGAACCUCUAAUCAACAAGCUGGAGAACCAGUUGGAGGCGACUGUGGAGGAGAUAAAGGCCGAGCUGGGAUCAGUGCAGGACAAAGUGAACACAAAGCUGGGACAGAUGGAGAGCAAGACUCAGCACCAAAUGUGUGUUUUGGACAAAAUGAUGGUAGAGAGACUGUCGGCAGAGAGAACAGAGUGCCUGAAUCGCCUGCAACAGCACGCAGCCUCUGAGAAGCGGGAGGGGGAGAAACGGCAGAUGUCCUUGGUGGAUGAAUUAAAAGCCUGGUGUAUGUUGAAGAUCCAGAACCUAGAGCUGAGGUUUUCUGGAGAGUCUGGGACCUGUAGAGCUAAAUCCACACCAUCUCCAUGUGACUCCUCUCCAGCUGUAGAUCAGCCAGUGGCAGCUGCAGGGCCAGCAGCAGCUUCCAACAGCUCCUCUCAGGUUGUGAGGCCCAAGGACAAGACACUCAGUACCACCACUGCCCAGAAGCAGCAGGAGGAGCUGCUUCCCUCUGAGUGCACAGGCUGCCGGUUAAGGAAGGUCAAGGCCCCGGCAGUCCCCUGUCCCUUGAAUGGGGCUCCCAAGUGUGAUCAGCCGGCAGCAUCCUGUGUCAACAGAGGGACUCAAACCAAGAAGUCUGGGAGAAGUGGGCAGACCAAACAUCGAGGCCAGCAGCCAACCGCCAGCAGCCCCUGUGGGCAGCAGCCAGCAGCAGCAGGUGGUGACGUUCCAGACGCCUCACACGCCCUGGAGCUAACCCAGUAUUUUUUUGAGGCAGUUUCUACCCAGAUGGAAAAAUGGUAUGAACGGAAAAUCGAAGAAGCGCGAAGCCAAGCCAGUCAGAAAGCCCAGCAAGACGAGGCCACACUGAAGGAGCACAUCAGAAGUUUAGAAGAAGAGCUUGCCAAGCUGCGGACAAAGGUGCAGAAGUAAAACACGGACCCUGAGGUGAAGCAAUGGGAUUUCUGACUCAGUGAUGGCAAAGUAGCUGUGUCCCAGGAGCUGGUUAUCAUGCACAAGGUGAAAUUGCUUUUUUAAAAGUUGCUAAUCUGUUGUGAACACAUACUUCUGUGCCCAGAAGUUACAAGGAUUUCACUACUUACACUGAAUCCUGGGAAGCUGGAGGAAUUGCCGGUUUAAUUCUA